UUUGAAACGUGGUUAUGUUUUGUGUUUGCAGUCACGCAUAGUGUUUGUCGCGGUGUUUGAGGCUGGAAGUGGACAGACCUUUUGUUUGGUGAUUCAAACUGUGGAUCGUUGUUAUAACUUUUAAAUAAUUGAUAACUUAAUUACGUAACACUUGUAAUAAUUAUUUUAAGAUAUGGCCGAGUUAAAGGAUUACCGAAAAGUGAACGAAGCUGAACCAGUGGAUCAGGGUUCUGACCAUUCAUCUGAGGCCAAGGAAGACGAAACGAUUAAUCUGAAACCGAAGAUCUCCCUGUUAAACGGAAUAACCGUCAUCGUAGGAAGUAUCGUUGGGUCGGGUAUCUUCGUCAGCCCUCGGGGUGUUUUAGCGGGAUGCGGGAGCGUGGGACUGUCUCUAAUAGUAUGGAUACUGUGUGGUCUCUACUCUAUGAUUGGGGCAUAUUGUUAUGCCGAACUGGGUACCAUGAUCACAAAGUCUGGAGCCGACUAUGCCUACUUGUACGAAGCCUUUGGGCCGUUUGUUGCGUUUCUACGACUCUGGGUAGAAUGCAUGAUCGUGAGACCGUGUUCUCAGGCCAUUGUAGCACUCACGUUUGCCUAUUAUGUGAUAGAACCUUUGUUUCCCACUUGUGAUCAGCCAGAUGUGGCAGUCCGUCUCCUGGCUGCUGUAUGCAUAUUGGUGUUGACCUUCGUGAACUGUGCCAGUGUGAAAUGGGCAACUCGCGUCCAAGAUGUCUUCACGUACGCCAAAAUGUUGGCCCUCGCCCUCAUCAUCAUCACAGGAUUCGUACAGAUCGGGCGGGGUGAAUAUGAGUACUUUAUGGAUCCUUUCGUUAACACUGAAACCAACAUAGGAAAAAUUAGUGUGGCUUUUUAUCAAGGUCUCUUUGCCUACAAUGGAUGGAACUACUUAAACUAUGUCAUUGAAGAAUUGAAAGACCCAUUCAAGAACUUGCCUAAGGCUAUAUGGAGUUCAAUUAUCACGGUGACUGUGGUUUACGUUUUGGCCAAUGUGGCUUACUUCACCACAGUUACUCCCCCUGAAAUCCUAGGAGGAGCUGCUGUAGCAGUUAUGUUCUCUAAAAGACUGUACGGAAUAAUGUGGUGGAUCAUGCCUGUGUUUGUUUCACUCUCCACGUUUGGAGGUGUGAAUGGCAUCCUCUUUACUUCAGCCAGGCUUUUUUUCGUGGGUGGACGGGAGGGACACAUGCCCAAGGUCCUCAGCUAUGUGUCCGUGAAGCGACUAACCCCCAUGCCUGCUGUACUUUUCAUGGGGCUGUUCUCCUUGGUUUAUCUCGUGUCGUCUGAUAUGGAGGCUCUCAUUAACUAUGUGAGCUUCGUUAACUGGUUGGCUAUUGGACUCUCGGUCGCUACUCUACUGUAUUUCCGCAAAACUAGACCUGACGCACACAGACCUAUUAAGGUUGCGUUGGUGUGGCCCAUUAUCUACUGCCUGGUGACGAUAAUGUUGGUUGUUAUUCCUUUCACUACUAUACCAACCGAAACAGGAAUAGGCUGCGCCAUCAUUGCCACUGGUAUUCCGGUAUAUAUCGUGUUUAUAUACUGGACCAGCAAACCCAAGGACUUUAACAGAUUUAUAGAGAAGGGUGAAUUGUUUCUCCAGAAGUUGUUUGUUGUUAUACCAGAGGAAGAGAAACAAGCUCAGGACUGAUUCCAUAAAACAUGUCUGCCGUUGUUCAGAAGCUGUGUAUGGUGAUGCCUGAAGAAAGGAAAAGUUUAUGAAGACCCAUAGGAUAGAUGGAUCAUCACCAUAUACAUAUAUAGAUAUUUAAUAAUUAAGGCCCCGAAUUAGGGCAAAGUGUCCUCACUUUCUCGUUGUGAAACUUGUCGCCUUCGUAGAUAUCCAUUUCUAUCACACAUCUAGUAGCUAUGUUCAAUGGACAUGAAUCACCAUGUGUUCCCAAACAGAAUCUCCACACUCGCCAUGUUACGUUGCUAGCUUAAACAACAAACUUGUCGGUUGUUGAUGAUAUUAAUGUUUCGCCUGUUGUUUUUCUACCACUCUCUCGUGACAUUAACAAUAUUUUUGUUAUUGUUUUUUUCUAAUACAGAUUGUUAAAGCCUUACUCCAUAGGCUAUGUUGUUUUAAUAAUUAAACAAAGAGUUAUCUCUAUGUUUAAUAUUCACACAUGCUUUUACCCAUAGACAGAACUUUACUGAGUUAUUGAAACUGCAUGUUUUUUAAAAGUUAGAAAAAAUAAAAAAUUAUGACACGUCAAAUUUUUAGUGUCCUAGGGAUCAUGUCUUUUAAAUGAUUUUUAUAAUAAUUGCCUUUUAAUUGUACAGUUGAAACAAACUGUAGUAAAAUGUGUUCUUGUUUAAAAAAAAAUUCAGACUCUUGUCUAUUUUUAGAUGUGUAGGGUGAGAGAUGUUAUACAUUUGACGGCUUUGCAUGAAUGAGCAGACAUGAUUUUGUAUUUAUACCUGUUCAUAUUUUUUUCUUCCACACAACAGGUAUCAAUUGCUUGGUGCUUCUGCACUUUGGGAUUUUGUUAUCUGUGUUCUGUUCGUUUAUUUUUAUCAGCUUUUAUAAGAAACAUGAACAUUUUAUUAAUUGAAAAUGUAGAGUCCUGUUAUUGAAAGUAUUUACAGUAGCGAUGCAUUUAAAAUGGAAAUGAACGAUCUCAAAGAUGGCUGCUGGGUAUUUAAGACAAGUAGCAUCAACAGCAUAUUGUUUUUGAAUUGUUAGUUAGUAAUUUAUAAUGGACUCCUUUAAGAUUGUUAAAUAAUGUACCUGUACAUGGGAUAUCAUCAUAAGGAAAUUCUUCAAAUGCUUCCCAAUCUAGUACAUGUAUAUGUAUUGUAUGUGCUAUUGUUUUUUUUCCACUUUGUUGCAUGUACUACAUUGAUCUGUCUCGACAAUAUACAAAUGUACACCCAUAUAUGAACUGUUAGAAUGACACAAACAUUUGAAUUUGUUUUUCUGUGUUAUGCAUGUAUUUGAAUGGUCUGAUAUGUGUCUAAAUAUCCACAUCUAGAAAUAAUUAUCUGUUACGUUCAUAUGUGUGACAUUUUUAAAUUAUUGAAACUAACUUGUAACAGCUUUUUAUUUAAUUGGUUUUAUUAUACAUACUUUAUUUUAAACUUGGUUAUAUUUAUUGUACACCACUUUUAUUCCCAAGUGACAGUAUGUAAAUUUAAUGUUUGUGACUGACCUUUUAACCUCUGCACAGUUUCCAUGGCACUGACUUUAUGGUAAAUGUCAAUUUCAGUUGUGAACCAGUCAAAGGCAGUUUAUGGAAAGCUGUGAUUGGACGUUUUUGCUUUAAUAUAUUUGCAAAAGUUGAGCAUAAUCAGUUGAUCUUGUUCAUUUAAGGGAUGGGAGAUGGUGCCAGGUGGUGAUAAUAAGAUAAGACAAUGCUGGGUUUUAUUUUGAUCAUUUUUAUUUUUUUUUGCUGUGUUGACAUUUUUUGUGCUUUCCAUAAGCAGUAUGAAGUGAAUUUGUGUGACUGUAUGCAAAAUAACUAAUAUUCAGUUUCACUGGACAGCAUAAUGCAUUUGAAUGGUCUUUAUUCAUCAAAGCUGCAUCAGCAACUACAUCAACUAGAGUAUCGAAAGCUGUCAAUUCAUUAGACAACAUCCCAAACAAUUUAAUCUGAUGUAAUAUUACCAUGGACCCACAUCUGCAUAGGAGUCCAUGUAUAUCAUGAGGGCAUUUUGAUAUAUACAUAUAUCAUUGGAUUAUAUUGGUAGUGAAUUUAUGUCAUAGAUAGAUGGACCCCUCUAAUAGAAAGUUGUUUACACAUUUUAACUUGUAGUCCAUGUAACUGUAUUUGUUCAUUUACCUUUCCAUAUCCUGUAAAGGUUAAGUUACACACUUUUUUUUCCAGAAGACUCAUGUAUAUGUAUACAUAUUUUAUAACUGUAUAUACAGUAUAUUUUAAUAUAUAUUUUACCGAUUUGUAAAAAACCGGAAAAACAUCACAAAAUGUGAUCAGUAAUUAAGGACACAUAUUUUAUUUUCAAUAUGCAGCUUCUUUUGAUCUCUUAUGUUAUUGAUGAAAUUUUUUCUUGCUUUCGAAUGAACAGUUUAACUAUAAUUGUGAAAAAUUGUACUGUAAAAUUUGGCAUGUUGUAAUGCCAUUAGUUCUAAAUGUACCUCAAAUAUAUUACAAAAGGUGAUGGACUAGCUUUUUGGAUACUUGUUUGCUGAUAAUUGUGCUUCAGAGAGGGUCUGCGAGAGAGUGUUCAUCUUCUCAAACUGUCAUUUUAGGCUAUAUAAAUUUGUGUAGAAUAAUGAAGUUUUCUGUAGUUUGUAUGUGUGUGCGUGUGUAACUUCUAUUAAUGGAAAUAAAGAAACUGCCAAGGGUUAAA